CGGACCGGGAAGAAAGAAGCUUUUCAGGCGCGCUCAAGAGUUUCUGCUUGCAAGCAGCAAGAGUCUACUACUACCUCGGCUAGAGUUCCCAUAACGAUAUCUGCUCCCUGUGAACGUUCGUCCCUGUGCAAAAGGCUUUUCAAGAGUCGCAUGAUUAGGAGCAAAGGCACUGCUUGUUAGCAAGCGGCACACAAUGCACAGCGUUCAAAGGUUAUUGUCUCAACAAUCUAAAACUGACGCUGUUCGCAUCAUCCGAUUUUGAUAUCAAUGGCGUCAAGCUUACAAAAGGAGAACAUACCUCCCCCCGGGCGCCCCAGAAGUGCAUCUCACAGACCAGGAGCCAGAAAAUCUACAGACCAAAGGACAACUGUGACAAUGCAAGGCUUGAGAGUGAGGGGCGAUGCAGAUGGGGCUGCCCAGCCAAGUCCAUCGAGUAGCCUAGGCACAGGAUCCAGGGUGUUGCAGGAAAGCGAUGAGACACUUGAGGCUGCUGAAGUUAGAGUUGCUCAGGAUGAUGCACACUCAGGGGCGGGGCUGGCCCCAUCUAGAAAAAGUAAUCCACCAUCUCAAGACGGAGUACCGGUUCUCCAGAGCAGGAGUGUGGAAAGGCAGGCGAGGGAGGAGCUGGCUCCGGAGCUGCUGAACCAGAUGCUUGCCAACUGUCUGAAGCUCGCUUCUGAGAACAAAAUCACGCAAAAGAACACCUGGGAGCUGAAGCUCAUUGACCAUGCAAGCGACCUCGUCCUGGCCGACCAUGACGAUGGGAGUCAGACAAACUUUCAGAAGGCGAGCUGCGUCCUGGAAACCGGUAUGAAAAUUUAUGCCACGCGAGUUGAUGCGACACACUCUGAAACGUACAAAGUCCUGGGAGGGCUCAAUAGGACCACUGCAGAGCAAGCAGACACAGAUGCCGAGGGGGGAGAUGCGGAUGGAGGGGAGGAUGAGGAGAGGCAGGGAGAGGCAAGGAAAGAAAGGAAGGGCCAUUCAGCGACACUUGAGCCGACACUGGAGGCGCUUAACCUCAAAAAGUUUGACACGGCCUUCGCGGUCGACCCCCUGUUCCACCAGACCUCCGCCCAAUUCGACGAGGGGGGUGCCAAGGGCCUCCUCCUAAACAACCUCUCCGUUUUCCGCGGUUGCGAGAUUGUCUUCGAUUCAGGGGACAUCCCCGAUCGGGGUAGCGCCAAACCCGGCCCUAACCCCGGGUCAGAUAAGUGGGCCAAUCUGACCUUCCUCCAGGAUAGGAUCCAAGCCAUGUGCCGGGGGGUGCAAAGAGCCCUGCACAUCUCCCCCACGCUGCAAGAGAUUGUCAAGCUGCUAAACGACCCGUACCGGGCGGCCGCCGAGGCCAAAACCGCUGACGAGUCCUCUGUGGGGGGUCCGAGCGGAGAGGCAUUUUCAACCCCUGGAAAAGGAGAGGCGGCGCAGCCGCCCCUGGAUUUCGGCUGGGGGGGUGGGGCCGACUUUGCUGCCAAUAUGGACGAUGACUUUGGGUCUAUGGGGGGGGGGACGAUUGGGGGGGUCCUGAUGACGAUGAUGAGGGGCAGUGACGUGGAGGAGGAUGUCGUGCGGUGGCUGGAAGGUGGGGCGGAAGGGAGGGGUAAAUCAUGGGCGGGAGCGGACCACUGGCGAGCCAGGGGCAGGCCGAAAGACACAGAAGACCAUGGUGCCGCCGACGCCCCCCCAAAGCCGAAACGCCCGCGCAACGCGCCGUUCCUGCUCGACUUCGAGAACCUGCCGGACCUCUCGGACCCGCAGUACGCGCCCGCGGACGACGAGCGCGAGAUCUGCCUGGCGCCGUCCGCGCUCACGACCGACGCCAAAACGCUCCUCCCCGAGGACCUGCACUACCAGCCCAUGUGGCUGGCGCGCCUCUUUCUGCGGCCCAACGUUGUGUGUAUACCCCGGAAAGUCCGAGUACCUGCCGGGACACGUGGAGGCUCCGAGGCCGGCCCUGCGUUUGCCACGCAGAUGGACUUUGGGGACGCAGGCGACUUUUGGGGCGACGACGACGACGAUAAUGGGGCGGGUGGGUCGCCAUUCGUGGGCGGCGCAGACUGGAACGCGCCGGACGGUCCGGAAGACGAAGCGGACGGCCUAGUGGAGCAGCCGCGGCAAGUGGAGAAAGUGGACGUCAACUAUGCGAGGACGUCCAAACAGGUCGAUGUCAAGAUCCUGAAAGAGACGCUCUGGACCGGCCUGCAGUGCGCGCCGGGGCAGGAGGAAGAGGACGCCUCCGAGGGCAGCCGCAAGGACGGGGUCUCGUUCCGCGGCCUGCUGGAGCACAUUCCGGCGGACUGCGCCGCAGCGGAGCUGCCCGACAUCUCGGUGCACCUGUGCUUCAUCUGCGUGCUCCACCUGGCGAACGAGCACGGCCUCGCCAUAGCUGGAACGGAAACCAUGGACGAACUCGUCAUAGACAAAGUCCCCUUCGCUUAGCAGGCCGGUCAGGGAAAGGUCCCAGCUUGACAAAAUCCAUGUCGCCCAGGCAGGGCGAUAUGGGAUGACUGUACUUCGAUCCUUGCAUUUUGUUUGGGGGUGUUCCUGAGGGCGAGCUUGCGACAGCUGUUUUCCUUGUUGCUAGGUCGGCGUUGUGGGGGGAAGGGACCAUCGGACACGUGCCUCUGCUGGAGACAGUGGAUCUUCAAAAACCCUCGCUUGAGGAUUGUUCUGAGAACAACAAGAGGUGUUCGCUUUCGAACAGCUCCCUAUGCGUAGCAUAGGCGCGUGUCUGCGGAUAAAACGUUCUUAUCACAUCGCUUAGGCAGUGUCACUCCGGACCUUUGCAGUGUGUUGACAGAUCGUAGCCUACCGUGAUCAAUGAUGCACUUACUGCCCUAUUUGCUUGAGAAUAUUAAAGGCGGAGACGGUGCCGACUUACCUUGCGGCCCUUCAGAUACUGAU